GCGGAGGUGUUCGCGCGAGGAGAGCGUGCUCCCGGCGUUUGAUAUGGCGGCAGCCGCGGCGACUGCAGCAACGAAAGGGAAUGGGGGCGGCGGGGCCCGGGCCGGGGCCGGCGAAGCCAGCGGCUCGCGAAAGAAAAAGGGCCCGGGGCCUCUGGCCACGGCGUACCUGGUCAUCUACAAUGUGGUGAUGACCGCGGGGUGGCUCGUUAUAGCUGUUGGUCUGGUCAGAGCAUACCUGGCUAAGGGUAGCUAUCAUAGCCUUUAUUAUUCCAUUGAAAAGCCUUUGAAAUUCUUCCAAACUGGAGCCUUAUUGGAGAUUUUACAUUGUGCAGUAGGAAUUGUUCCAUCUUCUGUUGUCCUGACUUCUUUCCAGGUGAUGUCAAGAGUUUUUUUAAUAUGGGCAGUAACACAUAGCGUCAAAGAGGUACAGAGUGAAGACAGUGUCCUCCUGUUUGUUAUUGCCUGGACAAUCACAGAAAUUAUCCGUUACUCCUUUUAUACAUUCAGUCUAUUAAACCAUCUGCCGUACCUCAUCAAAUGGGCCAGGUACACGCUUUUCAUUGUGCUGUACCCAAUGGGAGUGUCAGGAGAAUUGCUCACAAUAUAUGCCGCUUUGCCCUUUGUCAGACAGUCUGGCCUAUACUCCAUCAGUUUACCUAACAAAUACAAUUUCUCUUUUGACUAUUACGCGUUCCUAAUUCUGAUAAUGAUCUCCUACAUUCCAAUUUUUCCCCAGUUAUACUUCCACAUGAUACACCAGAGAAGAAAGGUCCUUUCUCAUACUGAAGAACACAAGAAAUUUGAAUAAUUCCUGCUUCCUGCACACCCCCAGAAACAAACUUUCCAAUGACAAAAGAUGCUGCAGACUUUUUCUGUUCCCAGUACGUUUCAUAGAAAAUAAGUAAGAACUUUUUUUAAAAUACUAAAAAAAACCAAAACAAAACAAAAACCAAAAUCCAGUGUCACGUGGGCCUGGGAUUUUAUAAAAAACAAAACAAAAGCUGUUACAUAAAACAUCCUUGCUGGUCCAUCUCAGCAUGUUCUUUCCACCAGAAGUUCCCAGUACUUUAUGACGGCGCUGGAAAGGGGUUUGGCGUUUUUUAUCCUCCUGUUUCCUUCAUGUGUCUGAUAAAUAAAGAUCUGUAAUACUAAAUACUUGAGCGUUACAGUCUGAGUAAUGAAGUUGCGCCCGCUCAGUGCCCAGCUUGCAGCAGCUAUGUUUCAGUCUGCAGUGUGUUUAGCAUUCCCUCUCAAAGUGCUUGACUGCAUGCUGGAAGCCAUUUGUCCUCUGGAAUGCUCUGAAGUUAUGGCUGGGACCUUCCCCCCUAUCUAGUGAAUGACUUAUACAAUGUAUAUAUGUCUGUGAAACUUUGGAGUAGUGCCUAUAAUCAGAAAACAGCUAGAACCCUUUUGUUUGUUUUCAGUCGAGUCAUUACUGCCUGCCACUACGAAGUGUGCCUGAAUUUAAUAAGUAUGUGUAUAUUGUAGAGAAGCUACUUUAUCUGGGGCUCAGCCUCAAUCAUAUUUUAACAAAAUGACAGUUCUCAGAAAGGGAAAGCUCAGUCACUAGUCAGCGACAAGUACCUUUCACAGUACCAUUCUCAGAACACCCUUGAGCAGGGUGUUUGCCAAGAGCAAUUCUUACUUAGGGACCUGACGCCAGUCUAGUCGCACAGGAGUAAAGAAUCCAUUAACGAAAGCACACGGAAGGCGUUACUCUAAAAAUGGAGUCUGGAAGAACAGUCAGGAAUGGGUUCAUAUGCCCUUAUUAUUUUACCUUCACAUUUUCAUUCAUCUCUUCUGUUUGGAUACUUUUCCUAAUUAUGGUCCUGUGUAAUUCCCACCAAGUUGUAAGUCCAGAGGCAGUGAAAUGUUCCAGUUGGGCAGUCAUGAGCUAAAAGUAGUAUUGUCCCCACAUUUUGGAUCAGCCAAGAAAUACUUUGGACAUAUGGACAUUGUCUAAUUAACAUCAUGUCGCCAUACUUUAAUUGCUAAACUGUGCAUUUAAGGCUCUUCAGGAAAGGGUUGGAUAAAAAUGUAAAGCCCAAGUUUAGAUGUGCAUUAGAUUUUAAACACAGAGUGUUCUUUGUGCAAACUUCACCCCCGUUUUUUUUAAUUGGUUGAUCUGUAAAAGUCUAGCUAACUGACUGAUUAUCAAUUAAAAUAUAAUUGCUAAUAUUAGAAGUGUCGUAAUGGAAAACUAAUUUUUAAAUGCUUAUUUUCAUAGAAGCUUGAAAAUUAAGAUGAAAAUGAGAAGAAAAUAUGCAGCCUAUAAUUUAAUGCAGGGCACAGUCAAAGGCAUCAACUGCCCAGCCCCCCACCUGAUUGGGUGUUUCAGAUCCCCCACUUCGGGUACCACCUUCUGGCAGAAAAUUCUUUGAGGUAUGCAGUAGUGCUUUGUAGACACGAGCUGCUAAUCCGCAUCUUGCUGUGUUCUAUUUGCUAAGGUUGGGUUAACACGUACUGACUAUCAUCAAAGGCACCGUGGAGAGUUAGUCAUGGAAUAAAGCACAUCCUUCCUGAUGAAAACGUUCCUCUGGAGCAAACUUCUGACAGGAAGGGUUUAGACAAUGUAGCGUUAAGGCAUGUGAAGAGAUUGUGCCCUCACUUCCACUCAUGUUUCUGGUUAUUCGUUUAUAAUAAAAGGUUGGCAUUGAUGUGGUACAACCUGCAAAUUAUUUUCAAUUCUGAGUUUCAGAUAAAAUGUUAUAAGACAAUAUCAGUACAUAAUGCUCCUUUGAAAUUUGGGUAAAAAAUUAUACAACCGUAUAUAUAGUCAUUUUUAUAUUUUUUCUAUGUUGGGAAAACCAAAACUGUAAUUUUAUAAGUCUUUGAUUCACUAAAAUUAUAUAAUUUAAAUGUAUUUUUUGUAUAUUUAGAAAUAAGGAGUUCAAAGACUAUGCUUAACUUUCUAUGCAUGCAUUUGGAAGCUGUUUUUACCAGAUAAUGUAGUAAUAAGUUGUAUUCAUAAAAUACUGAUCUGUGUUGCAUUUCAAAAUAAACUGGUGUGUGCUCUGCCUGGAUUUGAAA